AUGGGAGAGAUACCUGCGCAGAGGAACUUCAGACAGGAGAUCAGCGACAUUCUACAGUCUGCUCCAACAGCGAGGAAAGAACUGAAGGACAACCAGGAGAACCUCAUCCAGGUGGCGCAGUACUGCGAGAGCAACUACCUGCAGACAGAGGACCAGACCAAAGCCAAAGAUGAGUCGAAGGCGUUGGCGGCGCAGGCUCUGGCCAGUGUGACGUACCAGAUCACCAGCGUGGCCUGCUCCCUGCUCAAGCUGCUGGACACUCAGAGCGCUCAGAUCCAGCACAUGGAGUCCUCCAUCCGCCUGCUGUCUCUGGCCGCAGCCUUCCACUUGGAGAAAGUGGCCCGCAGAGAGAUAGGAGUCUUCACUUCACCCAAAAACUGCACCCGCACCAAACUCAUGGCCCCCCCUGCAGCAGGCAAGGAGCCCCAGAGGAGCUACUCCAGAGUGUCUCUGUCCUACAGCAUCCUGGACUCUGUGGGACACUGCUUCCAGGUGACGGAGCCACAGCCCGAGAAGGACAUGGAGACAGCAACAGACGUCAAGGCUCCUAGCCUCAUAAACAUAAGCAGUUUUGGGAUCGCGGUCCCUCCCCCCUCGGUCCCCACUCGCCCCGAGGACAGCUCCAGCUUCAGCUCGGACCCUCCGUCUGGCACCUCCACCUUCCCCCCGCCUCCCCCUCCCACAGCCUCCUCCUCCACCACCAUGCUGUCCCCCUCAACCCUGCCUCCCCCACCUCCCCCAACCUCCAUGAGUUCCUCGUACUCCAGCUACCCUCCUCCGCCCCCGCCCCCUGGCUCCCUGUCCCCGCUUCCUCCCCCUCCUCCCCCAGCUUCUGCCACAGGGCCACUGCCUCCCCCUCCCCCUCCUCCGCCCACGAGCUCAGCCACAGGUGCAGUCCCCCCUCCUCCCCCUCCUCCCCCUCCACCCCCUCCACCCCCUCCACCUAUUCUCCGAGCGGCGCUGCAUUCCACCGAGACAAGCUCCGACACGGACCCUCCACAAUCCUCUGACUCCAGACUGCUUCUGCUGCUGAGGUUUGAGGUGUGUUGGCUCAUCACGGCCCUUCUCAGCAGGGUUUCAUCAGGGUCUCAUCAGGGUUUAAUCAGGGUCUCAUCAGUGUCUCAUCAGGGUCUCAUCAGUUAUCUCAUCAGGGUCUCAUCAGGGUCUCAUCAGGGUCUCAUCAGUGUCUCAUCAGGGUUUCAUCAGUAUCUCAUCAGGGUCUCAUCAGUGUCUCAUCAGGGCUUCAUCAGUGUCUCAUCAGGGUCUCAUCAGUGUCUCAUCAGGGCUUCAUCAGUGUCUCAUCAGGGUCUCAUCAGUGUCUCAUCAGUAUCUCAUCAGGGCUUCAUCAGUGUCUCAUCAGUAUCUCAUCAGGACUUCAUCAGUGUCUCAUCAGUGUCUCAUCAGGGCUUCAUCAGUGUCUCAUCAGGGUCUCAUCAGUGUCUCAUCAGUAUCUCAUCAGGGUCUCAUCAGUAUCUCACCAGGGUUUCAUCAGUGUCUCAUCAGGGUCUCAUCAGGGUUUCAUCAGGGUCUCAUCAGUGUCUCAUCAGGGCUUCAUCAGUGUCUCAUCAGGGUCUCAUCAGUGUCUCAUCAGGGCUUCAUCAGUGUCUCAUCAGGGUCUCAUCAGUAUCUCAUCAGGGCUUCAUCAGUGUCUCAUCAGUAUCUCAUCAGGACUUCAUCAGUGUCUCAUCAGUGUCUCAUCAGGGCUUCAUCAGUGUCUCAUCAGGGUCUCAUCAGUGUCUCAUCAGUAUCUCAUCAGGGUCUCAUCAGUAUCUCACCAGGGUUUCAUCAGUGUCUCAUCAGGGUCUCAUCAGGGUUUCAUCAGGGUCUCAUCAGUAUCUCAUCAGUAUCUCAUCAGGGUUUCAUCAUUGUCUCAUCAGGGUCUCAUCAGGGACACGUGACAUCACAGUUCUACGCUGGGGCCGGGACCUCGGAUCAACCGAAGACUCCUUGUUCAACCCCGAGAGCAGCUUCUUGGACAUGAGUUAUUACUUCUUAGAGAUUCCACUGCUGUGUGUGGGGAUCCCCUUCUGGGUCUUCUGCUGCUACUAUGUGAAACAGCAGCGGAGAGAGGGGGACGAGGAGGCUCUAGUCAUGGAGGCCCAGUCUGUGUACGUGAUCCCAGUCUGCGAAGAGGACCCGGACCGCAUGUUUGAGACCCGUUACGCUCACAGGGACGGCCCAGAUUACUGCCCCCGAGACCUGGGCCUGCCGCCGCCUUACAGGCUGGAGCCUCCGUCCUACAUGGAAGCUGCUCCUCCUUCAUACGCAGACGUGUUCAGGGACACCGCUCCUGCCACGACCUGA